AUGUUUCAAGUCACCCGCAUGUCAGAUACACUGUUUUGUUGCCCAUCGAAUUCUCUAUGGAACCAAGAUUCAAACUUAUGGGAAAUACAAGUGAAUAAACUGAAAAUUUCAGGAGCGAUUAGUAAUCACGAACUUGAUAUGUUACUCUUCGAUUAUUUUCCACUGAAUAUCAAUGGUGAAAAGCGAUCAGGAAUUCAAAAUUUGUUCAUGCCAAUAACAGAAAUAAUUGUACAUGUUUGCGUUUGGAGUUUAUUCUUUGAAGAAUUACGACAAAUGUCAGAACAUUAUAAGGAAUCUCGUAAAUUACCUGAAACUCGUGGAAUAGGUAAGGUAAUAUGGCGAUAUUUUUGGUAUGAUAAAUGGAACACAAUUGAUUUGACGGCAUAUGGAAUAUAUGUAGUGGGAUUUACUAGUCGAUUUAUUGUUAAAGAACCAGCAUUUAUUCUUUCCAAUGAAAAAUUGGGCGGAAAACUUUUAAUGAUCUUGCAUACUCUCUUGCAAUUAUUCUGUUACUAUUCUUGUAGUGCAACGAUCGACAGAGUGAAAAAUAACUCACAUGAAGAAUGGUGCUACCAUCGAUAUUUACUAGUUGAAGAAUAUGCUGGAAAACAGACAAUGAUACCGCCAUUUAAUCUGUUAUUAUGGCCAUGUGAACGAUACGCAUCUCGUUUUUGUAUUCGCGCUUAUAUGUCUAUACCGGAUGAAAUCAUUAAAGAAUAUUGGCAACGUGAGCGCCGUAUCGCUGAUCAAUUGUGGCAAGAAAAAGUGGCAAAAAUUAUGCAAAAGUCUGAUGAAGAUGGUCAUACAGCAAGCCGACUCAUAAAAUAUUUAAGGAACAGCUUAUUACCAUCAAUUUUACCACUCUUAUUCAGUCUGAAAACGAUCAAAAAUGUUCAUAAUUUGAGACGUCGUACAAAUCCAAAUCAUCAUCAUCAUCCUUCUCGAAUUGACGGCCAGUUAACAACAAUGUUAGUGAUGCAAUGGAUUAUUAUAAUUCUGUCGUCGAUACCAUAUUGUUCUCAGUUGAUAUAUCCAGCAAUUACCAUCAGGGUUCAAAAAGAUUCAUUUCAUAGUGCAGUUGAAACAUUGGUCACACAAAUUGUUCGUUUACUCUACUAUUUGAAUUUUGUCAGCAGUUUUUAUAUUUAUCUCGUAUCAUCUCCAAUCGUUCGAACAGAAGCAGGAAAAGUGUUCAAAAAGUUUUUUAACCAAAUUAAUAAUCAUAUAUCGCCUUAA